GUAACUCGACAUCUGCCAGUAACGUUCUGGGUGAGUGGUGUGGAAAUGAGCAGCCCGAGUAUAGCAGUACCCGAGGUGCCAUGGUUAUCGUGUUUAAAGCUGACGGAACUGAAGUCUUUAGAGGAUUCAAACUGUCAUACAAACAGACUCGAGGCUGUGGAGGUACUUUGACGGCUAAUUCUUAUGUAAGCUACCUGACUUCUCCUGGGUACCCUACUGGAUACCACAACAACCUGUUGUGCAUUUGGACAAUCGAAGCUGCUAAUCCUAACUACAAAGUACAAAUCAACGUUGUCGAUUCUCAGUUGGAAAAGGAAUCAACGUGUAACUAUGACAGAGUUACAGCCUAUGAUGGUAACUCGACAUCUGCCAGUAACGUUCUGGGUGAGUGGUGUGGAAAUGAGCAGCCCGAGUAUAGCAGUACCCGAGGUGCCAUGGUUAUCGUGUUUAAAGCUGACGGAACUGAAGUCUUUAGAGGAUUCAAACUGUCAUACAAACAGACUCGAGAACGUUACAGCUGCAGUGACCAGGAACUAACUGCCCACUACUAUGUGAAAACACUUACAUCGCCUAACUACCCAUUGAAUUAUGCCAACAACAUGGAUUGUUCGUGGAAAAUCUCUACAUUACCGGGAAGAUUUGUUCAGAUAAAGUUCCUGAAUGUGAAAAUAGAAUCCACCAGCGGAUGUUUGGCCGACUACGUCGAGAUUUAUAAUG